AUGCCGCUGGUGAAGAGGAAUAUUGAGCCCCGGCAUCUAUGCCGGGGGGCUCUUCCCGAGGGGGUGACGAGUGAGCUGGAGUGUGUCACCAACAGCACGCUGGCUGCCAUCAUCAAGCAGCUGGGCAGCCUCAGCAGGCACGCGGAGGACAUCUUUGGCGAGCUGUUCAAUGAAGCCAACAGUUUCUACAUGCGGAUGAACUCGCUACAGGAGAGGGUGGACCUGCUGGUCAUCAAGGUGACGCAGCUGGACUCCACCGUGGAGGAAGUUUCGCUGCAGGACAUCAACAUGCGGAAAGCCUUCAAGAGCUCGACGGUGCAGAACCAGCAGGUCGUGUCUCGCAAUUCCAUCCCCAACCCGGUGAUGGAGAUGUACCAGCGCUGCGACAAGCCCCCUCCACUCAACAUCCUCACGCCCUACAGGGAUGACAAAAAGGACGGCCUCAAAUUCUACACCGACCCCUCCUACUUCUUCAACUUAUGGAAGGAGAAGAUGUUGCAGGCGACAGAAGAUAAGAGAAAGGAGAAGCGCAGGCAGAAGGAGCAGCGACUGGUGGAGGAUUCCACCCGGGAGGUGAAGAAAGUGAGGAAAGCCCGCAACCGGCGCCUGGAGUGGAACAUGAUGGCGUAUGAUAAAGAGUUCCGACCCGAUAACAGGUUCUCACCAUCCCCCUAUCACGUGGCGUCAUCGGAAGGAUCACUGUCCCCAGAUAAUAG